AUGAACAGCAACAGCAGACCUCCUCAAAAGCCAGGGAGUGCUCUUCAAUAGCAUUUUUAAUAGAGUCCCUAUAGAAACCAAAAUAUAAUUUCAAGUGGACCAUCAGGAAACAUGAGGAUAGGCUAGAGCAUGAUCAACGAGGGAAGGCAAUUUUAACAGCCUACUGCCAUGCAACUUUAAUUUUAGCAAUAUGACGAAAUUUUAGAGAACUCACCUUACAAUUUCUUUCACGGCAUUAAUCCUAAGAGGUUGAUGAGGGGCAAGUCCAUAAUGAAUAAAUGUAACUUAAUAAGGUUCUUGAGUUGCAAUUUUUGUAACAACAUUAUUGUCUAAGGUAGAGAGUGCCCAUCUUGCGAAUCUAACUUCUGUGCUCCAUGUGUGAAAAGAUGGGAAGCAUCGGAUUCAGCCAAACUAUAUUAAACUCCAUGUAAAUGCCCUGAUGUGGAAUCUCUAAAGACACUAAGUAAAUUAAAAGCAGAGUAUCUUCAAUAAAUCAGAUUCAACUGCUAGAAUAGGAAUUGCCUAUACUAACUUACAUAUGAUGAGCUUUUAAGAGGAACUCAUGAACUAGAGGAGUGCAAUUAUAUAAGAGUAAUGUGCGAGGGUUGUGGUGUGAGGAUAUUUAAACAAGAGCAACUUAAGCACGAGUCUGUGGAAUGUGAAGUGCCAAAAACGAAGUAGAAUAUGACUCUCUUCUAGAUGAGAGAUGAGCUCUCGACUAAGAUGAGAUAAGCAAUCAUUCAAGAGGAAACACCUCUGCGAGAAGGGGUAAGCAUAAGUGUGUACACUGCAAAAAAGAAGUUGAAGAUCGAAAGGACCAUCUCUGCUAUCAGAUCGAAAACACUAAUGCUUUCCUCUAGUUAGCCUGAAUAAAGGUCCUAAGAUAGAUAAUUGUACAAAGAAUUCGUAGUUAUUCACUUAAGUGAUAGUGAAGAAAAGACUACCUAAAAAGUUAAGAAGCCGAAGGUUAAUGUUAAAAAGAUAAAUACUUUGAAUAUGAUACCAUCAGAGGAAAUCAAGAAGAUUUAAUAGGAUUUUAACAAUAAUAUGAUUAAGUAGUCUUAAUCAGUUCUUGAGAUUGCCUCUAAAUAGCCAAACUAACAAAUUCUGAGAACGAAUAAACCACCGUAUGUGAAUAAUUCAAGAGAUUAAGAUGAUGAUGAUGAUGAUAAUGAAUUAGAUAUGGAAAAUAGUGAGGAAUCAAGUGAGGAUGAUGAUGAAGAUAGCGAGGAUGAGGAUUAUACAGUUAGAGGAAAUCAUCCUAAGAGAAAAAUUAAAAAAGAUUAUAUACUUAACAAUUCAAAGAUCAAUAUACAAAAUCCAAUUAAAAAGAAAGCCCAAGGUGAUUAAGGAUGGGAUCAUGAUUCUCUUGAAAAUUCUGAGUUGAGCGAUAGAUCUUAUAUCAAGAAUUAAGAUCCAAGACUUAAUUUAUCAGCUAAAGCUAGCAUUUAAGUUACUGGAAAAUCUUUAUAACCUAUGAAAUCAAAUUUUAUCUCAACUAAUAAUUUGCAGUUGUAACAGCAGCAACUUUAACAGACUUAAAACUCGCAAAGCGAUAGAGGUAGUAUAAUUGCUUUUGACCUUGAAUCUGGUGAUCUUAUUGAGGAAAUUACUCAAUCUUAUAAAGUUGAAUGCGACACCAGUCAUCACCCAAAAUCAAGAAUUAAUGAGCACUCAAAAUCUACAAAGAAUAGCUAGAAAAAAGUUUAAGAUAAAAAUCUUAGUAGGAAUAUUACUCCUAAUUGA